UGUUGCUUACAAAUCACAGCGGCUCUGGAAUAAAGGAGCCCUGGCAGCGCGGGGCGCAAUAAUUUAUCCGACGGGAGAACAGUAGAAAUUUAUCCCUCUCCCCUUGUUUUUCAUCCCACAGAACAGUCCGGUUUAGUUGUAAACCUUUGGCAGCUGUGGGAUUUCUUCGUAGGAUCAGGAUUGUCACCCCCUGCCCUUUCCUGUCUCCCCCUUUCCUGCUCCCUCACAAGUCCUGAAUGUUGGACCUGCCUAUUUUGGCCCCCACUGACAUGACUGACAACUGGCCAAACGUGCAGUCAGAGGAAGAGCGAGGUCAGGAGAGCAGCAUGGUGGAUUCGGGCAACCUAGACGACAGCUUGACCAGCCUACAGUGGCUUCAAGAAUUCUCCAUCAUCAAUGCCAACAUGGGCAAGUCCUCCUCCUCCCCAUGCAGCACCGAUCCUCAUGGUUAUCACAAGGUUCCUGGCUCUGCUGCACCAUGUUCUCCCCUGGCGGGUGAUCCAGCUUGCAUGGGGAUGCCCCAUACCCCUGGCAAGCCAAUUUCCUCCUCCACAUCCAGGACUGCACAUCUGCAAGGCCAACCAUUGGAAGACAUCGAUUACAAAACUAAUCCUCACGUGAAACCUCCUUAUUCCUAUGCCACACUCAUCUGCAUGGCAAUGGAAGCAAGCAAAAAAACCAAAAUCACCCUCUCCGACAUCUAUAAAUGGAUUACAGAUAAUUUCUGCUAUUUCCGGCAUGCUGACCCCACAUGGCAGAAUUCUAUUAGGCACAAUCUGUCUUUGAAUAAGUGCUUCAUCAAGGUACCACGAGAGAAAGAUGAACCAGGGAAAGGUGGCUUCUGGAAAAUUGAUCCCCAGUAUGCAGACAGACUGAUGAAUGGAGCAUUCAAGAAGCGUAGGAUGCCCCCUGUGCAGAUUCAUCCAGCCUUCACUGGAAGAAUGCAACAAGAUGCUAGCUCCAGUUGUUCUAACCAGACAACAACAUCAUGGAAAAACAACAAUAUCCUGAAAAUUGAUAUGGAGUCUCAGCAGCUGCUCAAAGAGUUUGAAGAAGUCACCAGUGACCAGAACUGGAACCCAGCAGAUGGAAAAAUGAGCCAUAAACGCAAGCAGCCGCUGCCAAAGCGGAUGUAUAAGACAGCCCGCCUCUCCAGCUCCCCUAUGCUGACUCAGGAAGAACAGACAGAGCUUGGGUCUCUGAAAGGUGACUUUGACUGGGAAGCUAUCUUCGACACCACCGGUGACUUUUCCACCUUUGAGGAUCUGGAGAUCACCCCUCCUAUUAGCCCAAUAACCAGGGAUGCAGAUUUGACCGUGCAUGGAAGACAUAUUGACUGCCCACAGGAGUGGUGCCCAGUUGGGCAGGAUUACAUCCUAACAGAAUCCAACCAGAACAGCUUGGACUUUGAUGAAACCUUCAUUGCUACUUCUUUCCUUCAGCAUCCCUGGGAUGAGGGGAGAAACGAUUACCUCUCGAAUUCUGUCAACAUGGAUCCACUCUUUGAACUCAAUGAUCCUUCUUUGCAAACUGAAAUGAAUGACUGGAGCAAUGCUGUGUGUCUUUAAUAAGGCAGAUCUCUGGUCGGAAGGCUUAAGAACAUCCCUGAUUGACUGCUGUAUGAAUAAGAUAUAUCUCCAGUGCUACAGGACUUUACUGACAGAGGAGUCCUCUAGCAAAUGAGACAUCUUUACUAUUGGGACCAAGUGGAUCACAGAAUGGUCAGGAAAAAAAUAUCCAGAGAACUUGGUUGGAUGUAUCUGAAAGCAACACAUAUGGGGAACUGUGCCCCAAAGACAAAAUAAUAAUAAUAAUACAGUACUUAUUUUGUGUUCUCUUUAAAAAAAAUAUGGAUUUUUCUACUUGGGGGUGGAGGGAAUUGAAAAGGGCCCAUCUUCCAUGUAGGGUAGGGAGGCACUUUGAAUAGGAUGGAAGAGCUGGCCUUUUCUGGUGAAUAAGAACAUGGUAGAUCACCUGCAAGUUGCUCUCUCUCUCUCUCUCGCUCUCUCUCUCGCUCUCUCUCUCAUGAGUGUGUUUGUAUUGUUUCUACCCAGGGAAAAUUUCUAGGUAAAACAUGUGACAAUUAAGUAGCAGACAAUUCCCACUUGUAUUCUAGGAGCUGCAGCCACCUGUCUACACUAGGUCUAGUUUAGGUGUUGAAAAUCUAUAUACUCUGAAAUGAAUCAACAAGUCAAGAUCUUUGGGGCUUUUAAAAUAGAGCCUAUUAUAUCUCUAUUAAGAAACCUAUAUUUUUAGCUACAGGGCACAAUCAGUAGAGUAUUGGGAGGGGUGAGGAUUGUUUGUAAUAAUGUUAAUUAAGAUUGAAGUAUAUCAAGUGUUUGUUUUACAGAGCUAAAUGUAAUGAAAUAUGCAAGGGGGAAUUCCUGCCAGCAGAGGAUUAAAAAAAAACACCCUAUACCUGGGGACCCAAUUUUCUCCAGAUGAUCCUUUUUACUUAUUUUUGUAUCUACAAUUCUUUACAGUUUUGCAAUUCUUGACCGACUAUGUAUGCUGUGAAGCCUAGAUGUGUCAUGGCAGGUGGACCUUCUAAAGUUAUGGACCACAGACAAAGCACUGUACAGUUUUCUAAACGGAAGCUAUGAAGGAAUUUGUGUGAUCACCUGACAGACUCCAGCAUGUCAGUUGGGAAGUCAAAUGAUCAAUAAUGAAGGGCUGCAGUAUCCUCUCCUUUGGUCUGGCAACCAUGGGAACUACUAAAACAUUUAUCAGCUUUAGCCAGUGCCUUGUUAUAUGCGAGUCCCCAGCCAGAGUGACAAUUUAGGGUUGGCUUAGUUUUAAAGCAAAACAAAACAAAACCUCCUAAUGUUCAUCUCACGCAUUGGCUCUAGACUUAAGCGGAUGGUGAUACGCCAAAGACUAUGUAUGGAGUGGAAAUUGCAAAUGAAAGAAGAAUCUAAAGCUUCACUCUGUCCUAGAAUCUGUCCUAGAACUGAGGUUGCCACACAGCUAGGUGUCGGUUUGUUUUUAGCCUAGAACAAAUGUUAGCUAAUAGUCAUCUUAAAAUUUGCAUGCAUUCAAAUAAAGUAAAAUGUGCACAUUUA